GAAUCUCGCUGAAGGAAUACGUUGAUAGGCUGAGCCGUGCCCCCUUGACACUUUCUUGCAGGAACUAGGUGACCGGUCAAGUGAAUGACAUACUGAUCUGAUAUCCCUAGACAAGUGCAUCCCCUCCUGACCUGCUUCACCUCAGUAUAUUCCUGAUUAAGGGCUAAUCUGCACCAUGUUGCCAAAUACAGGAAAACUUGCAGGGUGCACUCUUUUUAUCACCGGCGCCAGCCGUGGAAUUGGCAAAGCCAUUGCCUUAAAGGCGGCAAAGGAUGGCGCAAAUAUUGUGGUAGCCGCUAAAACAGCCGAGCCUCACCCUAAGCUUCCAGGAACCAUCUAUACAACAGCCAACGAAAUUGAAGCUGUGGGGGGAAAGGCUUUACCGUGUAUCGUUGAUGUGAGAGAUGAGAAGCAGAUCAGCGACGCGGUGGCAAAAGCGGUGAAAACAUUUGGAGGCAUAGAUAUUUUGGUGAACAAUGCUAGUGCCAUCAGUUUGACCAACACUCUUGAUACCCCAAUGAAGAAAGUGGAUCUCAUGAUGGGCAUUAACACCAGGGGAACAUAUCUUACGUCAAAGGAAUGCAUCCCUUUCUUAAAGAAAAGUAAAGUGGCACACAUUCUGAAUUUAAGCCCACCAUUAAACCUAAACCCAAUCUGGUUCAAGAAUCACUGUGCUUACACCAUUGCAAAGUAUGGGAUGUCCAUGUGUGUACUUGGGAUGGCCGAGGAGUUCAAAGGAGAAAUAGCUGUCAAUGCCUUGUGGCCCAAAACAGCUAUACAUACAGCUGCUAUGGACAUGUUGGGCGGAUCUGGAGUGGAAAAACAAUGCCGAACCACUGACAUCAUAGCAGAUGCAGCUUACUCCAUCCUCACUAAGCCAAAAGACUUCACAGGAAAUUUCGUCAUUGAUGAGGAACUACUGAAACAGGAGGGAGUUAAGGAUCUUGAUGUCUACGCAGUUUCUCCAGGACACCCUUUACUUCCAGAUUUCUUCUUGGAUGAUAGUCCAGGCACGAUUAAAAGUGCUGUAUUUGGUGAUGGCAAAUCAGAGGCACCACCCAAGGCCAUUGGCCAGCUGGAGGAGACUUUUACGCUGAUUGAAAAAUUUAUCAAUGAAGAUGCUGUGAAGUCUACCCAAGGCAUAUACCAGUUUGUCCUCUCUGGGGCAGAUGAAGGGAAGUGGUUCCUGGACCUAAAAAAUGACAAGGGUGGAGCUGGAAAAGGGGAGCCUACGCAUAAAGCAGAUGUGAUCAUGAGCAUGGACAGUGAGGAUUUUGUAAAGAUGUUUACAGGGAAGCUGAAACCUACAAUGGCAUUCAUGAGUGGGAAACUGAAGAUCAAAGGCGAUAUGGGUUUGGCUAUGAAACUGGAAAGACUUAUGGGUAAAAUGAAUUCCAAAUUGUAAAAACAUUGGCAACAAGACAGUGAGCUAAUUAAACAAAAAGCUGCACGUUUUGUAAAAGCACUUCUACCAGGUAGCAACCAUGGUCUGUACAGCGUGACCGAAUGUAACCUAUAUGAAUAAAUGUGUCUUUUGUAACUUUCUAUAUACCAGUUCAGUGGUGACACUGAUGUAUACAUGUUAUAAUAAGGGUUGUUGUUCCAUCAAAACCGAUAUUGUGUGCUUUAAAACAAAUAACAAUUUCUGGAUUAAAAAAUAAUUAAUUUGUCUAA